AUGAUGCAGGCUCUUCAUUUUAAUAAUUGCAAUGGUCUCCAACUAACUAAAUUAAGGCAUCUCAACAGUCCAAGAAAUCACAUAAGCAUAAGUAGCUGCGAUGGCGUCCACAUUUCUCAUCUUAAUAUUUUUGCACCUGAGGAAAGUCCAAACACCGAUGGUAUUGACAUCUCUACUUCGCGCAAUAUCGAAAUCAAUAAUUCCGUGAUUCAAACAGGUGAUGAUUGCAUUGCUAUCAAUGAAGGCUCGUCGUAUAUUAACAUAUCUAGUGUUGCAUGUGGACCGGGCCAUGGAAUAAGCAUUGGAAGCCUUGGACAAAAUGGAAAAUACGAGACAGUAGAAGAAGUGCACGUCCGAGAUUGCAAUUUCACGGGAACACAAAAUGGAGCAAGAAUCAAGACAUGGAAGGGUGGAAGUGGGUAUGCUAGGAAGAUCACUUUUGAAAAUAUCAGAGUCCGAAAUUCCCAAAAUCCCAUUAUUAUUGACCAGAACUACGACCCUUUUGGCACGAAUUCCGGUAGCCAGAAAGCAGUGAAGGUGAGCGACGUGACAUUCAAAGAUGUGCGAGGAACAGCUGCUAAAGAGUUAGCAAUUGAUCUGAUUUGCAGCCCCAUGGGAUGCACCAACAUUAUAUUGGAUGAAAUUGACAUACAGUCAUCCAUUCCUGGAAAGAGGACUUAUUCCCGCUGCGACAAUGUCCAUGGAACAGCCAGAGCCUGCAAUCCUGUUGUUCCAUGCGUAACUAGUUCAUGA